UUUCCGGAAGAUGCGAGUGAUCAGCGACAUUGAAGCUCAUUCUUCCAAGAUCAACGAGGAUCUUCACAGGAUGAAGAGCAACGAAGUCAAGGUUGUAAACGUCUCGUCAAGCAACGCCGACGUCUUACACUUCAGCUGUCGCUCUCAAAGCAAAUUCAGCAGCUCCUCGAGCCUGGUCAUCCCCAUGGCAGACGGAGAAGUUCUUGGAGGAGACAAGAUAUCUGCUUGGGAGCUUCCAGUGUGUAGAGUAGUCGUGCUGGCAUCCAAUCGACAGAGCAAUCUUCCUGACCCGAGCUCCCUGUCAAGCUCCCCCGACAUCUCAACCGUCGCAUGGCCCCUCGGCUUCUUGAUCGCUGGAUCGAACUGCGUCGUCGCCUCGUACUGGGUAGUGGACCACGAGUGCCGCGCCAUCUUCUGGCACGCCUUCUACGACAGGCUGAUUCACGGAGGUCAGGACGUGGCGUCGGCUCUGCGAGACACGCAGAUGUGGCUAAGGAACGCGACCGAGCUCGAGUACCUCAGGGGCUUCCCAGACGAGCUUAAGUCGAUGACGUGGCACGAGAAGGUCCGACGCUUCGAGGAAGUCUCUCGCUCCUCCAACCCGGACAGUCUUCCGAGGCCUUUCGCCUCCCCCUACUUCUGGGCAGGAUACAGCGUGUGGGGCGACGCCAUGUGCAGUGGGAAGCACAAUGUAGCGGCAAAGACAGGGGCAUACGAUUACUCCAAGGCAGCCGACGAGUACUUACAAAAUGUAAAUGAUGUGUAGUCUGUAAUUUGAAUGUCAAUGAAACAAAGUAGAAUUCUUUU